UUACUAGUUAACAACAACUAUACCAAUAAUACAAUGGUACAACAAGGAGUCAAGAACAGGAGGAUACUACUUGCCAUUGCUCAUCCUGAUGAUGAGUGCAUGUUCUUUGCACCAACCAUUCAAUCAUAUGUCAACAACAAUGAUAGUGUCUAUGUACUCUGUCUAUCAAAUGGCAAUGCAGAAGGAUUAGGAAAGAUUAGAGAGAAGGAGUUGACAGAGAGUUGUAAGGUGAUGGGUAUCAAUGGCAGCAAUGUUAGAGUUGUCAAUGAUGAUAGAAUGCCAGAUGGUAUGAAACAAGUCUGGCCACAACAAGUUGUCAAACAACAUAUACAAUCAUUAAUCAAUGAAUGGAACAUCGAUCAUAUACUUACAUUUGAUGAAGGAGGUGUAUCAGGGCAUCCCAAUCAUAUAUCUGUAUUUGAAGCGGUACGAUCAAUCAUUGAAGAACAAGGACAACAAAGACAGAAUCAGAAUGAGUUGACAGGUGAGAAGUUGGAAACAGUCAAUAUUGUUAGAAAGUAUAUUGGUAUUGGAGAUAUUGCAUGGUCUUAUCUAGUCGGUGGCGCCACAACUUCCAAUAGUUACUUGUCAUGGCAACCAUUUGGUAUCAACUACUUGGCGAUGAAACAGCACAAGAGUCAAUUCGUUUGGUUCCGUCAUCUAUUUGUAUUCUUCUCUCGAUACUCCUACAUCAAUACACUGCGCAACAUAACUGAUCAAGUUGCA